GAAAAUGUUGGUGUUGUUUUGGGUGUUGGCCCUCCUUGUCCUGUGCACUUUGCUGUGGAAUUACAAAGGACAACUGAAGAUAGCAGACGUCACCGACAAGUACAUUUUCAUCACUGGUUGUGACACAGGCUUUGGGAACUUAGCAGCCAGGACUUUUGAUAAAAAGGGGUUCCGUGUGAUCGCUGCCUGCCUGACUGAGUCAGGAGCGACGGCUUUGAAGGCAACAACCUCAGACAGACUUCACACGGUGCUGCUGGAUGUCACUGACCCUGAGAAUGUCAAGAAGACGGCCCAGUGGGUGAAGAGCCAUGUAGGGAAUAAAGGUCUGUGGGGUCUGAUCAAUAACGCUGGUGUCCUGGGCGUGCUGGCUCCCACUGAUUGGCUGACGGUGAACGACUACAGAGAACCCAUUGAAGUUAACCUGUUUGGACUCAUCGACGUGACGCUCAAUAUGCUUCCGCUGCUCAAAAAAGCGCGAGGGCGUGUUAUCAACGUCUCCAGCGUCGGAGGCCGGCUUGCUUUUGGUGGCGGGGGCUACACUCCAUCCAAAUACGCGGUGGAAGGUUUCAAUGACAGCUUGAGGCGGGACAUGAAAGCUUUCGGUGUACAUGUCUCGUGCAUUGAACCAGGACUGUUCAAAACAGAACUGGCAGAUCCCAAGAAGACAACUGAAAAAAAGCUGGCCAUUUGGGAACACCUGUCUCCAGACAUCAAACAGCAGUACGGAGAAGACUACAUCGAAAAAAGUCUACACAAACUGAAAAACAAUACAUGCUCUGUCAACUUGGACCUCUCUCUAGUGGUAGAGUGCAUGGACCACGCUCUAACGAGCAUCUUCCCCAAGACUCGCUACACCGCUGGAAAAGAUGCCAAGACCUUUUGGAUACCUCUGUCUCACAUGCCAUCGGUUUUACAAGACUUUUUAUUACUGAAACAGAAAGUAGAGCUGGCAAAUCCCAAAGCGGUGUGACUCAAUCGACCACAAGGGCCUGCCCCAAGCUUUGAGGCUGGCUGAUUUCAAAGACUAAUCAUUUCAAUCUCAGUCUUUACCAAACCCAACGUGGACUCCUUUAGAGCAUGUUUCUGUUUAUAAAAGAGGGAGUUCCAGGGUCCCUUAAGUCUUCUUUGAAAAUAAGGACAGAGAAGGCUUAUCACGCAGUCAGUCUUGCCAGAUACUGAAGCCUUGCCUGAUUGGUAGGGUAAAAGGGAAACAAAAAGACUUCUAUCCAAAAUACGUGUGCUGCUACCUGCCCCUUGCGGGUUCAGUAAGCCAGGAAGUUAAGCACUGUGUUUUGUCAAAAUGUUCAGAGAUAAGAAGCCUUUCAAAAGUGAACCUGAUGGCUCUGGUAUCUCGCUGAGAAGGAGACACAGGCUGGAACUCACUAGGUUCUGAUAAGCUUUGACGCGAACAAGAAAGUGGUCAAGCAAGCACUCACUGGUACCAACUGAGAGGCCGUGAGCAACACAGGGAAGAAAUGCAAACAGAAAGACAAGAGACAGGGAAGGAGACGAGAAGCAGGGAGACUCCAACCCAAGUUCCACGCUCCAGAGGGACACACAGAAGAUGUACCACCACGGCUGCUGUGACGUCAUCCCGUCUGGUCCCAGUCCCAGAGGCCCUUCACCUCUGGCUUCACUGUCAGCUGCAUCAUGGCAGAAAUUCACCAGCACCAUUGGCUGCAGCCACUUCCUGUUUCAGUGGUCAGGUUCUUGGCUCCAUUUCAUAAACUCUGUAGCUUGCUGCCCUUCGACUGUCCAGAUGUCCCAAGGCUGCCAAGAUCUGCAGAAUCUGAAGGAAACUCCUUUGCUGAUCUUCCCACUGUAUUAGUCCGAUUGUUCAAUCUUCUGAUUCUGUAUUUGUUUUGCCUUUUUCUGAGACAGUUAUUUUUAAUUCCUUUAAGUAGCUCAAUUUGCUGUUUCUUCCGACCAGAAACUAAGUAACAUGCAGUCUACCAUUAAGAGCAAGCCUGUCAACUGUGUUACCCACUUUAAAGUGUCAGCUGCAUCUCUGUUACGCCUCUGUUACUUUCUCCUCAGUUGUAGCUCAGUCAUCACCUUCCCCUCAGAGAAGAUUCAAUGGACCACAGUGGUUACUCUUCACCUCUUGGGUCAGAGAUACUGUGAAGGAGCCUGCAGUUAUAAUAAGCCAUCUGAGCCCAGGGGUCACCGAAUAAGCCGAGUGUUAAGAACAAAUUACUAAUUUCUGUAGCUGAAAGCAGGGCAAG